CCGUCGACCACGUGACCGUCAUGCCGUAAGCCCCGCCUUCUGGUUGCUCCGCCGCAUUCCGCUCGUCCCUGCUGACGUCACUAUAAAUGUCCCUGGCGUCGCCGUCGUCAGCUCAGUUUCUCCUCCGCUCGGACGCAGACGAACCCGAAGCGGGAUGAGUCGGCUGCUGCUGUUGACGCUGCUGGCCCUCGGCGUGUCCGCCGUGCCGCUGGACCGGGACCAGGGCAAGAACUGGGUCGUGAUCGUGGCCGGUUCCAAUGGCUGGUACAACUACAGACACCAGGCCGACGCUUGUCACGCCUAUCAGAUCGUCCACAAGAACGGCGUCCCGGACGAGCAGAUCGUGGUGAUGAUGUACGACGACUUGGCCCAGAACGAAGAGAACCCCACGCCCGGCGUCAUCAUCAACAGACCCAACGGCACCGACGUCUACAAGGGCGUCCCCCGGGACUACACCGGCGAGGACGUGACUCCCGACAACUUCCUGGCCGUCCUGAAGGGGGACAAGUCCAAGGUCAGCGGCGGCUCCGGCAAAGUGCUCCAGAGCGGACCCGACGACCACGUCUUCGUCUACUUCACCGACCACGGCGCCCCAGGAAUCCUGGCCUUCCCCAGCGACGAGCUCCACGUCAAGGACCUGCAGGACACCAUCCGCUUCAUGCACCAGAACCACAAGUACAAGAAGAUGGUCUUCUACAUCGAGGCCUGCGAGUCUGGCUCCAUGAUGACCGACCUGCCUGCCGACAUGGACGUCUACGCCACCACGGCCGCCAACGCUCACGAGUCCUCGUACGCCUGCUACUUCGACGAGAAGCGGGACACCUACCUGGGAGACUGGUACAGCGUCAACUGGAUGGAGGACUCGGACGCCGAGGACCUGCGCAAGGAGACGCUGAUGAAGCAGUUCAAGGUGGUCAGGAGUCACACCAACACCAGCCACGUGCAGCAGUUCGGCAACAAGACUCUGGCCCACAUGAAGCUCAUCGAGUUCCAGGGCGACGUCCAGUCCAGGGGCCCCCCGGCCCCGGCCGUCAGCCUGCAGCCGGUCCGCAGUCUGGACCUGACUCCCAGCCCUGACGUGCCCCUGGCCAUCCUGAAGAGGAAGAUGAUGUCCACCAACGACCUGGCGGAAGCUCGGCGGCUGCUGGCGGAGAUCAGCGCGCAGCUGAAGGUGCGGGAGGCCAUGGCCGCCACCAUGCGUCAGGUGGCAGAGAUGGUGACGCGGGACAAGGAGGUGGCCCAGCACAUCAUCCUCAGCAGGUCCACUCUGACCCAGCAUGGCUGCUACCAGGCGGCGGUCACACACUACAAACAGGCGUGCUUCGACUGGAGCAAGAGCCAGCUGGAGUACGCCCUGCGGCACCUCUACGCUCUGAUGAACUUGUGUGAGAGAAGCUUCUCCACUGCAAGCAUCCUCGACGCCCUCGACGCCGUGUGUCACUCCAACCAGCCGAGGACUUCCUGAGAGCCGUGUCUGGACCGCGGCACCUGGCUCCGCCCCUGUCUGCGCUUCCUCCAAUCAGAUGAUGUGUUUUAAACUCUAUGAUGAUUCCUUUUUUACUGAGAAUGUCAGCACUUUCACCGUGAAGACUGUUUUGCCACCUGACCUGCUGUAACCAUGGCAACGCCAAUGACCUGUGUUUUACUGAAGAGCUCCGGAGAUUUUGUUGAUCGUUGCUUUAACCAUGGACACGCGCAUGAAUGUCUCUCUUUUUGAGGAAAUUAAACUUGAGCUGCAAA